AUGGAUGUGAUGCGCCUCGAGAACAUCCUCAACGCCGUAGACGACCGGGAAGGUAAGCCGCUAUUACUGGACGUAUAUGGACGUCGCUCAGACCUUGCAGCCCAAGCUGCGCGCCAGGAUGCUGCCGAAACUCUCCUACAGCUUGGCUUGUCUCUUGACACUCCCAUGAAGACUUGGUCACCGGCUCAGCGCGCAAGAGCUUGCCGUCCCCUUCCUCCCAACGACUCCAUCAUGCCUUCCCCACCCCAUCGCAUCACGGAUUUGUCAGCCGUGACUGCGGAAUCUGGCGACAGCUCUUCCGAGUUCACUCUCUCUCCGUCGACGGCCGUCGACGACGCACCGCCCUCCUCGGUCACUAACACCACCGACCACGACGACGACGAACCCGACCUCUUCCUCCCUCCCACCGACGACGACGACGACAACGACCAUGACCACGAAACCGCCGGCGACCCCACCAACCGCGAAUUCAACUGCUGGGCGGUCCCGCACUCGAGGUGCAUGACGGGGCAAUACACGCUGCCGCUCUCGCGCAAGAUGGUGUCGGACUACUUCGGGCGCAACAAGGCGGGCACGCGGCGGGUGCAGCCGCGCCGCUGGAUCCGCGCCUGCCGCAAGCACUACCAGCGCCAGUCGUACCAGGACUCGUGGCGCUGGCACAAGGGGCGCGUCGUCAUCCGGCAGCUGCAGCUCAUCGCCGCGCAACAGCAGCCGCCGCUGACGUUCCGCGUCGCGCUGAAGAGCAGCGAGGAGAAGAGGCUGGAGAGGUACAAGGGCGGGCUGGUGGAUGCGGGCAGGCUGUUCGAUCGCCAUCGUGAGGAGGUAACGCGCUUGGAUGAGGAGAAGCCCGAUCAGGCGCCGUUGGCGGUGCUGCAGGACAUCAAGGAGUUUGUGAGGCAGCGCGGCGGCGAGGCGGCGUGCUUGGGCGCCGCCGACUGCGAGGAGUUGGUGGGGCGCGCCAUCGAUUGGGUCAAGGGCAAGAAGUGUCUCCGCUUGCCGCUGUUUGAGAUGAUGCCCCUUUUUGCGGACGAGGAGGGCGCGGAAAAGGAGAAGAAGACGAAGAAGAAGAAGACGAAGGCGACACCGGCGGCAGGGAAGAAGCGUAAGGCUGGUUCUGCUGGAGCUGGAAGCGCUGCGAAGCGUGUGAUGGCUUGA